AUGAGUAGUACACCGACCAUGGCACUCGAAGCUACUCUAAAUUUACCACCAAUCCAUUUGGAGGUAAAACGUAAAGCAGCAAACGACGCAUAUAGGCGUGAUACCGGUGGAAAACUUGCGUUCAAGAAUUGCCGCAAAAAAGAAUUUCUCCACAAGUAUAUAAAUAUUACUAACUUAUGUCCAGCAGUCAGGGCACUAGUUAAACCUCCAGUGACGCUAUCCAUCAAAAAUUUGGCUGACCCCACGUGCGGAACCCCCGAACUGAUUGACAUUUUACUACGAGCUGAUACCUACAGUGACAUCGUGCCACCAGGAUUCAGGAGACGAUCUCCCUAUGCAAUGAGGACAAAAUUCAGCUGGGUUUUGCUUGGCCAAAUUUCUUCGCAAACCACUCAACCGAGCGUACAUUCAUUGAUAGCCACGGAAGACACUACUGACCAAAUGGUUGAAAAAUUUUGGAAAGUCAAUGAAGUACUGACUGAGCAACCUGUGACGUCCGAUGAGAAUGCAGCCAUUGAAUGGUAUCGGCAAACCACCAGACGAGACCGCACUGAGAGGUACGUUAUCCGACUUCCGUUCAAGCAGGACACUGAGCCCGGGACAACCUUGUGCAAUUCUAUUCAGAAGGCACAUAUCCGAUUUGCACAAUUGGAAAAACGGCUAACCAGCAACGAAUCCUUGAGAUGUCUGUACAUAGCACUCAUGGAAGAAUACUCAAACCUCUGUCACAUGGGAGAAGUACCCAAACAAGAUAAAUUUUCGAGUCCUACUUAUUAUCUGCCACACCACGCUAUGUGCGAAGAUGAUAGUACAACUACGAAAUUGGAAACCGUGUUCAAUGCAUCUCAGUUGACACCAUCAGGCAAAUCGCUCAACGACACGUUACUCAUUGGUCCAAGUAUCCAGAAAAGUAUCGUGCGGAUUUUGAUGAAGUCGAGGACAUAUCGGAUCAAAAUUUCGGCUUCUUACUUGGCAAUCCGGACCGUCCAUCAGCAGGCAAACGACGAAAAGUUGGACCAUCCUGAAACCUGUCGAGUGCUGAAAGUGAAUUUCUACGUGGAUGAUAUCAUAACCGGCAGAGAUACCCUCAAGGCACUUCACCAGGGCCUCAUAAAAGUGUUACUAAAAGGAGGUUUCAAUUCACGAAAAUCGGUAGCAAAUCACAAUGAUUUGCUGGAAUCUAUUCCUGCUUCUGACCGGGAAACAAAUGUACGACUAAACAUCGAUGAGAACAAGCACGUCAAAAUAUUAGGGUUACGGUGGACUCCAGCAAGGGAUUCUUUCUUCAAAGUGAAGCAGGAAGAAAUUACUAAUAAUGCGCCAACCAAACGUCAGCUUCUUUCUGAGAUCGCAAAGUUAUUCGACCCCAUGGGCUGGUUGCAACCAUGUACCGUUGUAGACAAAAUAUGGAUCCAGCAAUUGUGGCUACAACAAACAAAUUGGGAUGAACCAGUAGGAAAGGAAGUCGAGAAAGAAGUACAGUACCUUCAAAUAGUGGCCAAGUUGGAUAACUACCAGUAUUACACAUAUCAGCUUGAAAGUGCUAAAGACGUUAGAAUUAAAAUAAAAGAUAUUGACAAUGGCAUUGACCGAGUAGAUGUCAGUAAUUAUCUAACAUUGCAAGACUAA